AUGCAAUUACCACUUUGCACCACGUCAGCUCCAAGAGUCCUCCACCUCAGUUCGUUGGGACGCUCUUGUCGUUCUUGCACUCGCCAGUAUUCGACGAAGCCAGUCCGUCGGUCCCUUUCAUAUGAUUAUGAUACUAUUCAAAACCUGCACAUUGACAGCAACACCCGUUUUAUCUACCAAGGUUUCACUAGCAAGGCUGCAACCAGUAACGCCAAAGAUACCAUCGAAUAUGGCACGAAGGUGGUUGGAGGCGUCUCGCCAGGAAAAGGAGGCAGUACACACCUUAAUCUACCCGUCUUUAACACAGUCCGAGAAACUAUGACGACUGUCAAACCCCAUGCCAGUGUUGUAUUUGUGCCAGCUGCAUUCGCGGCGAAGGCCACUGAGGAGGCCAUUGAGGCCGAGAUCCCUCUAGUGGUUUCUGUCGCGGAGCACAUCCCAGUGCUAGAUAUGCUUAGAGUGCAAGAUAUUCUACGAACGCAGUCGAAAACGAGACUCGUAGGUCCCAAUUGCCCUGGAAUAAUUGCACCAGGACAGUGCCGAAUUGGAAUCAUGCCGUACAAGCAGUACAUGAAAGGCAAUAUUGGAAUUGUAAGCAAGAGUGGCACGCUAAGUUAUGAAGCCGUCGGGGCGACCACCAAUGCUGGUCUGGGACAGAGCAUUGUUUGCGGGAUGGGUGGAGAUAUGUUGCCAGGGACAAGUCUCGUUGACGGCCUGCGACUUUUUUUCACGCACGAGCAAACCGAAGGCAUAAUCGUCAUUGGAGAAAUAGGAGGUAGAGCCGAGUUUGACGCGGCAGAUCUCAUCAAAGAAUACAUUGCAUCGACCCCGAAUCCCAAACCGAUUAUUGCAAUGGUAGCGGGCCGGACGGCACCGCCAGGGAAGACGAUGGGCCAUGCUGGCGCAUUACUAUCACCUGGAGAAUUUGGCGCGGAAGCCAAAGCCCAAGCUUUGGCAGCUGCGGGUGCCAUCGUGGUAGAGCACCCCGGGUUGAUGGGACCAAAAAUGCGCAGCUUGUUGGGUAUGUAA